UUGUAUUAAUAAACUUUCCUUUAAGCAAACAAAAUCGAUUUUGAAAUAUUCCAUGUAAAAACCGGCUUGAUUUACUUCCCGGAUGGUGACCUGUCUUAAUGCGUUUUAUCGGCGACCUUUGAUCGUGUUGACUUAAACAAUGAACUGAGUAUGACAUCAAGACAAGAUAUUCUCCUGGUUGUGGCCAUAGAUUUUGGGACCACUUAUUCCGGGUUUGCAAUUCAAUUUCGUCAUGAAUUUGACCCUAAAGAUCCGACAAAGAUCCGCGCCCCUCAGUCCUGGAACGGUGGCAAGCAGAACUUGAUGUCGUACAAGACACCAACAUGCCUGCUACUGAACGAGGACCAGGAGAUAGACUGCUUCGGUUUUGAAGCUGAGGAGAAGUACGCUGAUCUAUGUCUGAAUAAAGAAAACGGAAAAUAUUACUACUAUAAACAGUUUAAGAUGAGACUACAAGAGGGACAGGGCUUGAAAAAAGGUUCCUUGUUAGAAGACGAAACACAGAAAACUAUGCCAGCGUUAAAGGUGUUUGCUUUGUCGAUACAAUGCCUUAAAGACUGUCUGAUGAAAAUAAUUGAUCGAGAAGGCACAGGAGUCAACACGGACGAUAUAUUAUGGGUAUUGACAGUCCCAGCCAUCUGGGACGACGCAGCAAAAAUGUUCAUGAAGGAAGCUGCAAAAAUGGCCGGUAUUGCUGAAGAUCAUCUAAGCAUAGCUCUUGAACCGGAAGUGGCCUCCCUGUUCUGUCAGCAUCUACCUGUAGAAAAAUUCUCGGAAGGAGGGAAGAUGGGCUUUGCAAAUGCAGCACCAGGCACAACGUACAUGGUCGUGGAUCUUGGAGGUGGAACUGCAGAUAUCACUGUUCACGAACGCCAGUCUGGAAACAGAAUCAGAGAGGUGUACAAGGCCAGUGGUGGUCCUUGGGGUGGCACAGCUGUUGAUCAUGCAUUCACCCAACUUAUCAUUAGUAUUGUUGGGGGUCCUGUGUGGGCGAGAUUCAAGCGAGAGCAGCCGUACGAUUACCUUGAAUUAUUGAAAGAAUUUGAGUGUGUGAAAGGACCCUUGGUACAAAGUCUGGUGAAUGGUACAACAUAAAAAUACCGGCAACGCUUAAUGAAGUCUGUAACGAUGUACACGGAGAAAUAUUUUCAGAACUGACAAAAGAAUCAUUAGUAUCCGACCAAAUCUCGUUCGUUAGUGAUAAGAUGAGGAUGAAGGUUGGGCUUGUUGAGAAAUUAUUUACAAAGGUCACCGACAACAUCGUCAAACAUAUCAAGAACAUUAUCUCAAGGACAGACGCUGGGAAGAAGAUAUCUCUCAUGUUGAUGGUUGGAGGGUUUUCGGAAUCCCCUUUUGUACAAAAAGUGAUGAAAACAGAGUUCACUGAAAAGACGAAAGUUAAGGUUCUUAUUCCGCAACAAGCUGGAAUUGCUGUUCUCAAUGGGGCUGUGCUUUUUGGUCGCAUGCCUGAGGUUGUUACAAGUCGUGUCAUUCGGUAUACAUACGGGGUAAAAAUUGUACGAAAAUUUCAAAAAGGAAAAGAUCCGGAAAACAAGAAGAUCCCAGGUGAUCCAACACAGUGUUUCGACGCUUUUAAACCUUUCAUGAAAGAAGGAACAUCAGUUGAGAGAGGCCAUAAAGUGAUACAAGCUUAUUCAACAAGCCGACCUUUCCAAGACGAAAUGGGCGUGAACGUUUACACAGCGUCGGGUUUCGUUCCGGAGUUUGUGACAGAAGAUGGUUGUCGACUUCUAGGAACUUUGAGGGUUAAAGUGCCCGAUCCAUCGGCAAAGACAAGGAAGCUUGUGGUUAUUUUCAGGUUUGGAAGUACCACACUUGCUAUGCUUGCUGUAGAAGAGGACAGCAAAAAAGUGUGCGCUACAGUGUUUGGACUUCCAGAGUAAAUAUGGUUCUAAGAAAUGCUAGCAGAACUGUAUAUAGCAUAAUGUUUAUGAAGCAUUAUAAUAGCGUUAUAGUAGCAUCACUUUGACAGAUCCUUGUACAAAAAAAUGCAGAAGGAAUGGAUAAAAGGACAUCUAGUGGACUGGGUGUAGAAUUUCCAAACAUAAAUGGGCAAAAACUGUUUAUACAUGUAUUGUUUCAUAACCUGUUUCUUGCAUUAUUAAGUUAUAUGGUGAGAAAUGUGUUUUGUAAAACAGACUAUUAAGGUGUAAUAUUUAAAAAGAUCACCUUCCAUUUUCACAAACCAAUUAUUUUGCAUGUGCUGGUAUACAAUAUAUUGACUUGACAAGUUUAGGAAAGCGUUACCACUGGUCUCAAACAAUGAGAAAAAGAAACUAUGAAAAUGAUUUAUUAAUAUGAUACAUAGGAAUUCUUUAGUCAUAAGCAAAUGCUUUAUA